UCGCCUCAACCAGCUGGCCGGCAAGGCUCAAGAUACAGGGUAUAAAUAUACGAUGUGACAUGUGUGUGUGGUGAAAAACAUAAAGAAAAAACUAUGUACAGGUUGAAAGUGUUUCUCAUCUCAUCUUAUAAUCAUCUCAUCAGUACCAAACGAGGCAUCGACCAUUUAGAUCUUGCCCUUGUAGCCCUUGGGAGCAAGGUUGACGUUGUACUCGAGCUCGAGGACGGCCUUGGGGUCCUUCUCCUUGAUGGGCUUGAAGUCGACAACGAGGUCGUCCUUGACGGCGAAGACGGUGUCGGACUUGACCCAGGGGUCGUCGUUGGGGUAGAGCUGGGUGGUGCAGCCCUGGUAGUCGGGGUGGGUGACCAUGAUGUGGAUGUGGGCGGGGCGCAUGGGGUGGCGGUCCAUGAGGGAGAGGAGCUGCCACGAGGGGCCGUCGCGGGGGAGGGAGUAGGCGGUGGGGUGGAGGCAGUAGAACCAGUACUCGCCCUUCUCGUUGGCGCGGAACUUGCCACGGAGGUUGUUGGGGGUCUGGUUCUCGGGGUCCUGGAAGUCGUACUUGCCGUUGGCGGAGGCUUGCCAGAUGUCGAAGACGGCGCCGGGGAUGGGCUGGCCGGUAAUGAUGUCGCGGAUCACACCGUGCAUCUUGGUGACGCGGCCGUUGGGGGGAACGCCGUCCUGGAAGAUCUCACCACCGAGCUCACGGAAGGGAGCGUUGGGGGACCAGAAGGGGCCGAGAAUGGAGGAGGAGGUAGGGUCGAGCUCGCCCUCGGAGAUGAUCUUGUGGGCGAUCUCAUCGACGAGGGACUCGAGGCCGAGAACGUCGCAGAUGCGGUGGGUCUCGUUGCGGGUCUUGUUGGAGGUGUAGUAGAUCUCGCCAAGGGCGUUGACGAACUUGACACCCUCCAUCCACUCGUCGACGGUGAGCUCGACCUCACGAGCAAAGUCGUGGAUGUGGCGGAUCAGAGCACCGAGAACCUCGCGGUUGCGGGGGGUAGUGGCGGGACCCAUGCCCUCAAUGACAUUCUUGGUGAAGUUGGGGUCGAAACGGUGAGCGGGCUUGUCGGAGGCCAUUGUGAAGGUUGUGGUUGGUUGGUUGGUUGUGGUUGGUGAAUUAGAUGAAGAUCUGGGGAUGAGAUGUGUGGAUGUGAUGAGGAUGAGGAUGGGGAAGAGGAAGUGGCAGAGAGGGAGAGACGGGAUGAGGUUAAUAUACAAAUGAUCUGGGAAAUCUCGCCUCUAUGUCAAGCAUCCUUUGCCAUAUUGCAUAUCCAGGCAAUGUGAUAGGAUGUGAAGCCCCUUGUGGUGUCAUUUUCCCCGCCGCUCCUGAUCGGACAGCCGUCGCGGCAGCUUCAGCAUCUCCAAGUUCCCCCAAUUCGGGAGUGGGGUGAAGGAGGACUAAGGUUGUCCCGCAGUCGCUUUCUCCCACGAAGAUCCGACAAGCGCCACGGCAGGGCCAGGGGCCCAGGAACGCCCACUCAAAACCCACCGAACCCACCCCCGGUCCGCCCACCAAACCCCAGAGCAUCCCGGCCCAUGGCAACGGCUUGCCAGUCAAACUGACGGCCGAGAGCUUGGCAUCGCGGCUUUCUGGGGGCCGGUCUGGGGCGACAUGGAACCGACAUGGAACCGACACUGAAUCGCGCUCCGUUGUCCAGCCCGAGACCCUUUGACGAAGACAAAGCUCGACAAAGACAUGGCGUGAGCUAUGGGGAAGCGCAGCUGCGAGCUGGGGCGCAUGUGGUCUCGAAAGCGUCGAAAGAGGCCAGGAUGAGCCUUCAUCCGAGUGCUCCGGCUGACAAGAUGUAUCGUGCUCCCGAAAUCUGGGGGUUUUUGGGGGUACAAGUUGGGGAAACAAGCUUGUUUCGGAUCAGGGUCUUCGUAUCUCAGUCCCAUCACGGCGCGUGCCGUCUGUCUGUGCUUAGUUCAACCUCACACAUUGACCUCACAUUUCCAACUGCAUUCUGCGGUGAGAGCGCAGUACAAUCUUCAGCCAUCGGCUGUCGUCCACUGGCUGGAAUCAAAACUGAAAACCCGGCGCUGUGUGGGCCAAACGUCCAGCCGUCCCCCAGUCCAUCCAUCUCCCGGUAGCGGCAUCCGACCCCUGCCGUUUUGGCACCCCCCCACAUCGCUAAAUCCCGAGCUUGAGGGCAACGAGGGGUAAAACAAUUGUCCUGCACACCAUUUGCUCAUGGGAGGGGCCGGCAAGCAAUCGAGGAGCUGGGAAAAAGUUGAUGGUCAAAACAUUUUAAGCCAGAUGCGCAAAAUGAGCCUAGUUUUCCGUAGUUGCUUGAGUUUCAUUCCGGCCUGAGCGAACUAUUCCGUCAUCGUACGAUUGAACAGUGCAUCGUCGGUUUGAAACUUUUUUUUCGUCGUCGAGGUUUCACUCUCGAGCUGUUUGUUUCUCCCCAAGCUCCCGUUUUGCUCAGAAAAAAAAGUCCCGGCAUCUGUAGCCGACGUCAUUUUCAGCCAUGCCCCUCCACCACUUGAUGUGCGGCACCUGGACCCCUCCAGGGGCCAUCUUCACCGUUGAGUUUGACGAUGAGGCUUUGACUCUGAAGCUCAUCAAGCGCACCGAGAUUCCUCACGAUGAGCCCAUCUCGUGGAUGACCUUUGACCAUGCCAAGAAGAACCUCUACGGCGCUGCCAUGAAGAAAUGGUCCAGCUUCGCCGUCAAGAGCCCGACCGAGAUAGUCCACGAGGCGUCCCACCCCAUGGGUGGUGAUCCCCGCGCCAACGACGCAGACACCAACACCCGCGCCAUCUUCCUCCUGGCCGCCAAGCAGCCCCCUUACAACGUCUACUGCAAUCCCUUCUACAAGCACGCCGGCUACGGUAACGUCUUCAAUGUCUCCGACACGGGUGCCCUCAAGGACAAUGUCCAGAACUACCCCUACCAAGAAAACACCGGCAUCCACGGCAUGGUCUUUGACCCAACCGAGACCUACCUGUACUCGGCCGACUUGACCGCCAACAAGCUGUGGACUCACCGCAAGCUCCCCUCGGGAGAGGUCGAGCUUGUCGGCAGCGUCGAUGCCCCUGACGCUGGUGACCACCCUAGAUGGGUAGCUAUGCACCCCUCAGGCAACUACCUCUACGCCCUCAUGGAAGCCGGCAACCGCCUCUGCGAAUACGUCAUUGACCCCGCCACCCACCUCCCCGUCUACACCCACCACUCCUUCCCCUUGAUCCCCCCCGGAAUCCCCCAAAAGGACAAGGAAACCGGCAAGGGCCUCUACCGCGCCGACGUUGUCGCGCUGACCUUUUCCGGCAAGUACAUGUUUGCGUCGUCUCGGGCAAACAAGUUUGACCUUCAGGGGUACUGGUCUGCGUUCAAGCUGAGGGACUGCGGCUCGAUUGAGAAGCAGCUUGCGCUGAACCCCACGCCGACGAGCGGCGGUCAUUCCAACGCGGUGAGCCCGUGUGAUUUUAGCGAUGAGUGGGUUGCCAUCACGGAUGAUCAGGAGGGGUGGUUGGAGAUGUACAGGUGGCAGGAUGAGUAUUUGCAUAGGGUGGCGAGGGUGAGGAUUCCGGAGCCGGGGUUUGGGAUGAAUGCUAUUUGGUAUGAUUAGGCAGGCUGCCUGGGAUAUGGGGCCUGAUUGGAUUUGUCGUGGUAUAUACGCUAGGUAGAAACGCUGGGUAUAUUGGAGGUUUAAGGAUUGGAUAUGGAAAAGUCAAGUGUAUAUCAAGUGUAUAUCAAGUCAAAUAUGGAAGAGGAU